ACCUGGAAGGCGGGCUACCGAGUGAGGCCUUCCUGUAUGUGGUGCUGCCGGUACCCCGCGGAAAACUCCAGCUAAGGUGGACGGGAGCUGGGGGUGGCUCUGGAGGGUAAUCAGCAUAUGACCUACUAAAGAAAGAUAUCUAGACAAAAUAAAACAGAGAAAGUUUGCAAGAGUCAAGAAUGAUGGAUCCAUGUUCAGUUGGAGUACAGCUUCGUACCACAAAUGAGUGCCAUAAAACAUACUAUACUCGUCACACAGGUUUCAAGACUCUACAAGAAUUAUCAUCAAAUGAUAUGCUUUUACUUCAACUUAGAACUGGAAUGACACUUUCUGGAAACAAUACAAUUUGCUUCCAUCAUGUAAAAAUUUACAUUGACAGAUUUGAAGAUUUGCAGAAGUCAUGUUGUGAUCCAUUUAACAUACACAAAAAGCUAGCCAAAAAAAAUUUGCAUGUAAUUGACUUAGAUGAUGCCACUUUUCUGAGUGCAAAAUUUGGAAGACAGCUUGUACCUGGUUGGAAACUUUGUCCAAAAUGUACACAGAUAAUCAACGGAAGUGUGGAUGUUGAUUCUGAAGACCGCCAGAGAAGAAAACCUGAAUCAGAUGGAAGAACUGCUAAAGCUUUGAGGUCACUACAGUUUACAAACCCAGGAAAGCAAACUGAAUUUGCUCCAGAAACUGGUAAAAGAGAAAAAAGAAGGCUUACCAAAAAUGCACCUGCUGGUUCAGACAGACAAGUGAUACCAGCGAAGAGUAAGGUCUAUGAUAGCCAAGGGCUCUUGAUUUUCAGUGGGAUGGACCUCUGUGACUGCCUGGAUGAAGAUUGCUUAGGAUGUUUCUAUGCUUGUCCUGCCUGUGGUUCUACCAAGUGUGGAGCUGAAUGUCGCUGUGAUCGCAAGUGGCUAUAUGAGCAAAUAGAAAUUGAAGGAGGAGAAAUAAUUCAUAAUAAACAUGCAGGAUAAUUUGCAAUAUCAAACCACUAGAGUCUGUAAAGUUCCUCGAUUUCUAAAAUUCUGUUACUCUUAAGAUACAUUUUAAGCAUGAUGGUCAAAUAACAAAAAUUUGAAAACUACCAAAGUGUAUGUAUGCUAAUGUUUCAUUUGGGUUUCUUUAAGUUCAUUAUUUGAUGUAAAUUUAUAUGAGUUGUUUCUCAGUAGUCACUUUUAAGCCUGUCUGGGUCAAUGUUAAGAAGGGUGUGGGCAGUCCUCAGUUUGCGUGGUUCCCAUAGGCACAAAUUUCAGUGACCAUAAUUUAGUUAAAUAACACCAGCCUCCUAAGAGCAUGGUUCACAUUCAGUUAGGGUAGCAUAUCAGCUGUUCAUCUUGUGAAGUAUUAGCACCUCUGUCCAGAAAUUAUUAAGUAACAAGUGUGACCAAUUAUGUUAUCUUUUUUCAAAUUCUGCUUGUGAUUGGUCCUUGAAUGUAUGCAUUUAGUUCAUCUACAGCAAAGCUUAUAGUUACAUUGUCAUCACCCAGUGUGAUAUUUUAUAAAAG